AUGGAAAACAACACUUUUACACAUAUUCAAAAUUCUCCAUCCAUAUCUAAUCAUUCAUCAAAUAGUGAUACAAUUAUAACAACUACUCCAAAUUCAUUUGUUCUUUCACCAACAAUAAACACAAUAUCAGCAACAACGUCAUCCUUACAAGUCUUAGAGACUAUUCCUGUCACUCGAUCAAUUCAAGUUUACUCUGACAAUAAUAAUAACGGAUCAAAUAUAAUUAUUACUCAACCAACAUUUAAAAAAUUAUUAAGUGAAACAAUCAAACAAGAACAAGUGGAAGAUAAUUCUGUACAAGAAGAUUAUUCUAUAGCGAAAAAUAAAUUAACAAUUAAUCAAUCGACAACAAAUAAUAAUCAACAACCAACAGUAAUUACUGCUGUAAAUCUUGAUCCACGUGAAACAAUAAACGGUCUUUCAACUAUUUCGAUGUCAAUGGCGAAUGUUGGUGCUCAUAUUAUGUCUACUUUAAAUUCAGGUCAUUUACCAGAUGGUGCCGGAACUUAUUUUGUCUCGAGUUUGCCAAGUGAUCUAGCUUCUAGUUAUAAAUUGCUUCCAUCAUCGAAUUCUGAUCUGCCAUCUCCAUCGAAUUCAUCAAAUUCUUCGAAUCCUUCGUCAUCAAAUCAUCAUCAUCCACAUCAUCAAGUAAAAAGACAUGGUGAAGGUAAUGAUCCCACUCGAAAACGAGAAAUGCGUUUGCAAAAGAAUCGUGAAGCAGCGCGUGAAUGUCGUCGUAAGAAAAAAGAAUAUAUAAAAUGUCUUGAAGAACGAGUAACUGGACUUGAAAAUCAAAAUAAAGCAUUAAUUGAAGAAUUAAGACAAUUAAAAGAAUUGUAUUGUCAACGAGAAGAAACGAAUAAUAAUACGAAUAAUAAAACGACAAACGCAACACGUUAG